CUUCGUUCCCUUCCAUGAUGAAACCUGUUAUGUUGGAUAAAUGACUCAGGAAUCUCACAGUGGUUGAAGAACGUGCUUCGGCAGAAGGCAAACUUUGCUGGUUUCCGAAUACAUGACAAGGUCACGGAGGGCCAGAUUCGAUGGCUGAAGAAAACAGGUGGCGUUAGCAGAGGGUGCCCCACGUGUACUGGAACCCUGCGGGAACAGUCACUUGCACUGACCAUGUGGUUUGCGGGGAGGAGACAUCGGCCACACACCCAUCUCUGCACCCGGCAUGGAGCCAUGGCAGCCUCCCACUACAGCAUCUCUUUGUGGAUACUGAGUCUCAGUUGGUCCCUCACAGCAGUUUCGGGCCAGAGCUACCACCCGACUGUGAACACACAGUACGGAAAACUGAGAGGUGUGAGAGUCCCCCUGCCCAGCGAGAUCCUGGGGCCUGUGGACCAGUACUUGGGGGUCCCGUACGCAGCCUCACCAGUCGGAGAGAAGCGCUUCAUGCCUCCUGAACCUCCUUCUUCCUGGUCAGGCAUCAAGAACACCACUCACUUUGCACCUGUCUGCCCUCAGAAUAUUCACAAUGCUGUGCCAGAGAUCAUGAUGCCCGUGUGGUUCACCUUUAACCUGGAUAUAGUAGCUACGUACAUACAAGAUCAGAAUGAGGAUUGCCUCUAUUUAAACAUCUAUGUUCCAACGGAGGAUGUUACAGGGGCCCACACCAAGAAACACAGCAAGGAUAUGUUCGAUAAUGAUGGGCACGAAGAUGAAGAUAUCCGAGACUCUGGAUCCAAGCCAGUGAUGGUCUACAUCCAUGGAGGAUCGUACAUGGAGGGCACAGGGAACAUGAUUGACGGCAGCGUUCUGGCCAGCUACGGCAAUGUGAUUGUCAUCACGCUCAAUUACCGGGUUGGUUUAUUAGGGUUUCUCAGCACCGGUGAUCAGGCAGCUAAAGGAAAUUAUGGGCUUUUGGACCAGAUCCAGGCACUACGCUGGAUCAGUGAGAACAUUGGAUACUUUGGAGGAGAUUCUAAUCGUAUUACUGUCUUCGGAUCUGGAAUCGGCGCCUCCUGUGUCAGCCUGCUCACACUGUCCCAUCACUCUGAAGGCUUGUUUCACAGAGCCGUUAUUCAAAGUGGCUCGGCUUUGUCCAGCUGGGCGGUCAACUAUCAGCCCGUCAAGUACACCCGCCUGCUCGCAGAGAAGGUUGGCUGCAACGUGUUGGACACGCUUGAUAUGGUUGACUGCCUGCGGAAGAAAAGCGCAAGGGAGCUUGUGGAACAGGAUAUCCAGCCUGCACGCUACCAUGUUGCAUUCGGACCGGUGAUCGACGGGGACGUGAUCCCUGAUGACCCUGAGAUUUUAAUGGAGCAGGGUGAAUUUCUCAAUUAUGACAUCAUGCUGGGUGUGAACCAAGGUGAGGGACUGCGUUUUGUGGAGAACGUGGUCGACUCGGAGGAUGGCGUCUCGGGCAAUGACUUUGACUUCUCUGUGUCGGAUUUCGUGGAUAGUCUGUAUGGCUAUCCAGAGGGAAAAGAUACUCUGCGAGAGACCAUCAAAUUCAUGUACACUGACUGGGCUGACCGUGAAAACCCCGAGACCCGCCGUAAGACCUUGGUGGCCCUCUUCACCGACCACCAAUGGGUGGAGCCAGCUGUGGUGACAGCUGAUCUUCAUGCACGAUAUGGCUCUCCCACCUACUUCUACGCGUUCUACCACCACUGCCAAAGCCUGAUGAAGCCUGCAUGGUCUGAUGCUGCACAUGGGGACGAGGUGCCCUAUGUUUUUGGCAUCCCUAUGAUAGGUCCCACUGACCUGUUUCCCUGCAAUUUCUCCAAGAAUGACAUCAUGCUAAGUGCUGUGGUCAUGACCUACUGGACCAACUUUGCCAAGACUGGGGAUCCCAACAAACCAGUCCCCCAGGACACCAAGUUUAUCCACACCAAGGCCAACCGUUUUGAGGAGGUGGCUUGGUCCAAGUAUAACCCCCAGGAUCAGCUGUACUUGCACAUUGGGCUCAAGCCACGUGUCCGGGACCACUACCGUGCCACCAAGGUGGCCUUCUGGAAGCAGCUCGUACCCCACCUGUACAAUAUUAAUGACAUGUUCCACUAUACCUCUACCACCACCAAAGUGCCGCCACUGGAGACCACUCAGAAUACUCUAGCCACAAAACGGCCUGGCCUCAAGAUCUGGCCUUUCAACACCAAGCGACCACCAAUAUCACCAGCCUACAACACGGAGAGUGGAAAAGAGCAGUGGAACGGGGACGAGGAGCCAGGUCCACUGGUGGUGGAGAACCCGCGGGACUAUUCUACGGAGCUGAGUGUCACGAUUGCUGUAGGCGCUUCUCUGCUUUUCCUCAAUGUGCUGGCAUUUGCUGCCCUCUAUUACCGCAAAGAUAAGCGCAGACAGGACUCGCACCACCAGCCCAGCCCCCAGAGGCAGGCUAAUGCCAACGAUGUGGGCCAUCCCCCAGAAGAGAUUAUGACCUUGCAAAUGAACCAGAGCCAUCAUGGGUGUGAUGGCACAGUUACCCAUGACCCCCUGCGUGCAUCUUCUCUGCCUGACUAUGCCCUAACCCUGCGACGCUCACCAGAUGACAUUCCACUCAUGACCCCCAACACCAUUACCAUGAUCCCCAAUUCAUUGGUGGGGAUGCCGAACAUGCACCCCUACAACACCUUCACCUCCGGUUUCAACUCCACGGGCCUUCCACAUACGCAUUCCACUACCCGAGUAUAGCUUUAAAAACAGAAGCACGGGAGGGAAACAAGAGAAGCCUAGAUUUUUUCCUUUAGUAAAGAAAGUUAGGUGAUAAAACAAGACGGAAUUAACAUAAAAUGUUUUUGCUACAAGGAUCAUGAAAAUGG